UUUGCAGCAUUGUUGUAUGUGUGGUUGUGCCUUCGUCACCUCGUUCUAAAAUUUUGGUUUUAUAAAAAUUUGUUAUGUUCGCAGCAGCGCUUAAGUAUUAUUAAUAAGAAAAAAAUAGCCGACGAAUAGCUGCCACCGCCAGGACGACCACAUCGCACAUAAGGUGACUCGAUAGCUUGACAGCGGUGACGACAUAAUCAGACAGAGCCGUUUAUCAACGUUGUUGUUCCUUUGACACUGCCGGUGCUCGAGUUUCCGUGUGUGUGUGCGCGUGUCUGUGUUUGCACAGUGUGCAAUACUUGAGAUAAAGCGCAGUGUCUGCAAAAUAUGGACGUCGAAAUGGGAGGCAAUAGUGUCUACAAUGACAUGAAUCUGUACAUAACACAGGAGAGUUUCAUUGUGGAACCAAAUGGCCAGGAUGAGCUAUUAUUAAUUGGCCGCCUCGAUAAGGUAACCCGUGUACAGGCCAAAACAACUCAGCUGACGAAUCUGCGUCCCACGCGACGCAUCUGCGGUGUGCUGGGCACCAUCCAUUUGCUGAGCUGCGAUUAUCUGCUGGUUGCCACGCAUCGUCUCUUCGUGGGCGUCCUCAACAAUGCCAUUGUUUGGCGCCUGGCCGGCUACGAUAUUAUUCCCUACAUUCCGAAUGCCAUCCAACGCUCCGAGAAUCAAUCGUAUUUGAACAUGUUGCGCAAAACGCUGGACACAAAAUUUUAUUAUUUCUCGUAUCGUUACGAUCUGACACACACGCUUCAGCGGCAGCGCGAGCUACUGGGACCCUAUCAUGGCGAUCAGGGUCUGCUGCAGCGUGCGGAUCGACGUUUUGUGUGGAACGCACAUGUGCUGGAGCAAUUCAAAUGCGAUAAAAUGCAACGAUUUCAGCUGCCGCUAAUCCUCGGCUUUGUCUCCAUCAAUCAGGUGCAGAUCAAUGGACAAACGUUCUUCUGGAGCAUUGUCACCCGGCGAUCGGUGGAGCGGGCGGGCACGCGACUCUUCUGUCGCGGCAGCAACGAACAGGGACACGUGGCGAACUUUGUGGAAACGGAACAGAUUGUCGAAUUCAAUGGCCAGCACACGAGCUUCGUCCAGACGCGUGGCAGUAUGCCAUUCCUCUGGCAGCAGUUGCCCAAUCUACGCUACAAGCCACGUCCACGACUUAUCCCGGGCAAAGAUCAUUUGGCUGCGUGUGCGGCGCAUUUCAAUGCACAGCUGAAGAUCUAUGGACAGCAGGUGGCCGUCAAUUUGGUCGAUCAAAAGGGUGCCGAGGGUGAACUGGCAUCCACAUUUGCGCGACUGGUGCGUGAACUGGGCAAUACCAAUGUGCGAUAUGAGGCCUUCGAUUUCCAUCACGAGUGCCGGAAGAUGCGAUGGGAUCGUCUGAAUAUACUCAUUGAUCGUCUGGCCCAUGAACUAGAAGAUUUUGGUUACUAUCAUGCCUUCGACAAUGGCAAUCUGGUGUCCACGCAGACGGGCGUCUUUCGCACCAAUUGCAUCGAUUGUCUGGAUCGAACAAAUGUGGUUCAGAGCAUGCUCGCUCGUCGCUCGCUGACCGUUGUCCUGCAAAAGCUGGGCGUUCUGCAUGUGGGUCAGCGGGUCGAGCAUGCCUCGAGUAACUUUGAGAAGCUGUUCAAGGGCGUCUGGGCGGACAAUGCGGAUCUGGUCUCGCUGCAAUACAGUGGAACGGGUGCCCUCAAAACGGACUUUACCCGCACUGGCAAACGAACAAAAUCGGGCGCCAUGCAGGAUGGCAAGAACUCGUUAGUCCGUUAUUAUUUGAACAAUUUUGCUGAUGGCAUACGUCAGGAUGGCAUCGAUCUCUUCCUGGGCCACUAUCUGAUCAAUGAGAACGAGGGCAGUGUAUUGCCAUCGCCACUGAUGGCGCCACAUGGCUGGCGCUAUUUCGCCUUCCCCUCGGUGCUGCUCGUUGCUGUGGCCAUGUUCGUUAUCACCAUGACAUAUCCGGCGGAGUUUAGCACAGAGAAUCUGCUCUUUAUGCUCUUCUGGGGCGCAAUGAUUGCGGUUAGCGCCACGGGCAUUAUGCAUUACGGCGUGGAGUUCGUUCAAUGGCCACGGCUUUUUCCGCUCAUGUCGUUUCAUUCCGCCUGACGUUAGUGUCGUCUAAUAAUCACAAGGAUUACCAUGGAUAGCCUCAAAGUCUUCAUCAUGCUUGGCCAAUAUUUAAAGACAUCAUCGUGCACGCAGUCAUAAAUAAAUACUUAACAAAAUUCCUGUUUACAAUGCUCCCAACUCCCCUCAAUUGUGUAUUUUUGUGUUCAACACGUGAUCUUUUAGACCUUCUUCCUUCCCAAGCCCUACCUCCUUUCCCCUUCCAGGACAUCAUAUUUUAUUUAUAGUUGACAUCGUUUUUAAUGCAUAAGCUUCCCGCUGCAGCGCAGAUUUGUAAGGGGGCAACAAGGAGGCAUAUUACAAUUAAUUAAAAUUACAAUUACGAGUAGCUCAAUCAAAGUUUGUAGUACAAUUUCGAAAAAUUGAAUAAAGCGUUUUAUGCAUUACUAGAACAAAGAAGAAACCCUCCAAAAAACCUAAAA